AAUAACUCAAUCUCGAUCUUAAUCUUUUUCAAGAAUCAUAAAAGGAAAAGAGAGAGACAGAGAUUCAUCUUCGUCAAAAAAAAAAAGAGACAGAGAUUCAUAAAUAAACAAAAAAAUGGCGAUCGUGGGCCCUCAAUUUUGCGCACCGUACCCAGUAGAUUUGGGUAUCGUACGUAAGGUGAUGACAAUAACAGACGGUAACUUUGCCGUCACUGACGUCAACGGAAACCUCCUUUUCAAAGUCAAAGAACCAUUGUUUAGCCUCUCCGACAAAAGGAUCUUACUUGAUGCUUCAGACAAUCCGAUUCUGACCUUGAGGGAAAAUAGGGUGAGCCUGCACGAUAGAUGGCAAGUAUUUAGAGGAAAGAGCACAGACCAAAAUGAUUUGGUGUACACGUUGAAACGAUCGUCAAUGAUUCAAUUGAUCAAGCCAAAACUAGAUGUGUUUUUGGCUCAAAACAAGGAAAUGAAGGUAUGCGACUUCCAUGUUAAAGGAAGUUGGAUUGACCGGUCAUGUGUCGUCUACGCCGGGAAAUCUGAUGCCAUUGUUGCUCAGAUGCACAAGAACCAUACCGCACAAAGCAUAUUAAUAGGAAAGAGUAACUUCUCGGUCACGGUUUAUCCGAAUGUUGAUUAUGCGUUUAUAGUAUCUCUCAUUGUAAUUCUUGAUGACAUUAACCGAGAAGAUUCUGAUGACUAAACUAAUGUUUUUAUAACUAAUGAUUCUUGAUUUUAAUAUGAAACAAGAAUUCAUGAAAGUGUUGAGGUUUUGUUUGGAUAUGAAUACAAUUCUCUCUGUCUCGACAGAGGAUUAUUGAACACAGUUUCAAGUUUA